UUGAACCCUAUAUUUACAUUAGAGAGAGAGUUGUAUAUUAAUAGAAAAAAUUAUUGUCAAAUCUAUAAAAGAAGCUACCGUGAAGAUGGAUUUUUUUCAAACACGCACUGGAAAAAUUUUGGCAAUGACUGAAAAAAGUGCAGGGUUUUGGCCUUAUCAACACAAGCUGAUCAACUACCCUCUGCGCUCCAUUCUUUUCUUUUUCCUUGUAACAUCUACAAUCACGUCGAUUGCCGCAAUAAUAAAUAGAGAAGGGGUAGAUCCUUUAGUUAUAAUUGAAACCGGACUUUCCAUGAUGAUAAAAACCUCUGUACUUACGAAAUUGAUAAUGGCUUGUCUAUAUCAAACUUAUAGACAAAAUUGUUAUGAAAAAAUGGUUCAACAUUUUAAAGAAAUUACUGAUCAAAGUGAAUUAAAAGUAUUGAUCAGUUUUAGUGAUCGUGGGUUACGUUAUGCAGUUGUUUAUUUAGCUGCAACAGCCUUAUGUGGAGGAGUUUACUUAACUUUACCGAUACAAAUAAUGUGUUUUGAUUAUUUUUUGAAUCCUAACACCACAGAACUUGAGAAAAUACUACCCGUUCAUGUAGAGUAUUUUGUGGAUUAUAAGAAAUAUUAUAAUUAUAUAAUAUUCCAUAUUUUAUGUUACAUGACUUCAGUUUUUGUUGUCAUUAUUCCAUAUGAUCUAGCGUAUAUAUUGGAAAUACGGCACAUCGCCGCUUUGUUCACAAUCAUAAAAAUGCGAUUAAAACGAAGUUCGGCCACGUUAGAUGUAUAUGAAAAAUCAAAAUAUGUGUCUGCGAGUCUCGAUAAUGAAGUAAACGCAGUUAUAUCAGAGGCUAUUAUACUGCACAAUGAAGCUUUUGAGAUGAUUAAUUUAAUCGAAGAUACUAAUAACGUUGGUAUGGUCGGAAUACUUUUUCAGAACAUGAUUCUUUUUGGUGCCUGUCCAUUUUUACUCUCAGUUCACUUAAACAGACCAAUGGAAUUUAGUAGAUACACUCUGAUGUAUAUUUUAAUAUCGCUCCAUUUCUGGGUGAUUUUUACUCAUGGACAGAUGAUUAUUGAUUGCAGUUCGUCUAUAUUUGAUACUUGUUAUGAAUUCCAGUGGUAUUAUUUAACUAAAAAAUCAUCCAAAUUAAUAUACAUCAUGAUGACACGAACUGUUCUACCAUCUGAAGUUACCGGUGGAAAAUUAUUUAUUUUAUCAAUGGAAACGUACGGUCAGAUGGUAAAGACAGGCCUUUCCCUCUUUACAAUAUUUAAGUCUUUAGGCAUAUAAAAAAAUAUCAAUCGUAGUCAUGGAAAAUUAGAUUGAAAGUUUCUUACUGACUGCAAAGAAAUUCCUCAGUUUUCAAGUUUUUUAUUUUGCAUCGAGAAAUUUUAUAUAGUAUUUUUUUCAAAUUAUAGCUUUAGUCGCACAAGUUUACUACAAGUAGAUUAAUAAUGAUAAUUUUA